AUGAAAUUAGAAUAUUUACAAGAAUUAAACACCCAACAAAAACAAGCGGUUUACGAAGAAUACCCUCGAAUAUGCGUUAUUGCCGGACCCGGCUGUGGUAAAACAAAAACCUUAGUAAGUAGAGUUAUUUAUUUGUUAUCUAGCCAAAAAGCCCAACCGCAAAAUAUCCUGGUUUUAACUUUUGCCAAAAAAGCUAUUAAGGAAAUAAAAAAACGGGUUUUUUCUUAUGUUACUAUGGUUUCGCCCAAAGAUUUACAUAUUUACAAUUUCCACUCUUUUUGUUUUCAUGUUCUCAAUAAGCAUUCUCAUUUACUCGGUUUUCCUGAAAGCAAGUUUCCCGUUUAUGGCCGCUACGAACAAGAAGUAAUAAUUCGCAAAAUACUUUUACAAAAUAAUUAUAAUACCGAAAAAGGGGAGAUAAAUACUAUUCUGGCUGCUAUUAGUGGCUGGAAAAACGGUAAAUUAAGCACUGACCCGCUCCAAUUUGACGAAUUAACUAAAAAAAGAUACGAAAUAUACCAAAAAUACGAAGAAUAUUUAAAAACUAAUAAGGCGCUGGAUUUUAAUGAUUUGCUUCUUUAUACCAUUACUCUCUUUAACUAUCAUCCCCAAGUUCGCAAGGAAUAUCAGGAACAAUUUACUCAUAUUCUCUUGGAUGAAUUUCAAGACAUUAAUAGUAUUCAAUGGGAAGUAAUUAAGUUAAUUUUGAGUGCCAAGCAAAAUGUUUUUUUGGUGGGAGACCCCAAUCAGGCUAUUUAUGGUUUUCAAGGGGCCACCCCACAAUUAAUUGCCUCUUUUACGCAAGAUAAGGAAUGA